AUGUCGGGAAAGCCGGUUACAGACAACAGGGUGCAUGUCGACGAGUCGAAGUUCGCAGAGUUGAAGGAUAAGGUCGUUGUGUUGACUGUCGGCGCAUCAACAGUCCACUCCCUCCACGCCGCCGGCGCCCUCCUUGUAAUCGGCGACUACGACUCUUCCGCCGGCGAGGAAACCAUCGCCUCUCUCCACCCCAGCGCCAACCAACCCAUCUUCGUCCAGAUCGACGUAAGCAAGUACGCGGACAAUAUCCGUCUCUUCCGCACGGCGCUGGACAAGUAUGGACGAGUGGACCAUGCGUUUGCGAUUGCGGGGGUGAUUGAGAAGGGAAAGUGGUUUGAUCCGGGACUGACGGUUGAGACGGUGGAGAAGGAGGAGACGAUGGGGACUAUGGAUGUUAAUUUUAAGGGUGUAGCGUUCUUCACGCGCAUCGCGGUGCCGUAUCUCAAGCACGACAGGAAGGAGGGCGAGGACAGGAGCAUCGUGCUCAUUUCGUCAGCGGCCGGGGUGAGGGAUAGCCCGGGCUUGUUCAUGUAUCAGUGUAGUAAGCAUGCUGUUAUGGGGCUGUUGAGGACGACGAGGAAGAUUCUUUGGGAGAGGGAUGGAAUCAGAGUAAACGCCAUUUGUCCCGCCCUCUCAGAGACCCAGAUGACUGUCACGAUUAUCGACGAGUUCAAGAAGACGAACCAGGCGAUUAAUUCUGCUGACGAUGUGGCGAAGUAUAUUAUUGGGCUGGGUGUGGCCAAGGAGAUGCAUGGGAAAGCGGUCUAUGUCGAGGGCGGCAGAGGAUGGGAAAUCAUGGAUGGCCUUGAUAGGACCAUGCCGGCAUGGUUGGGAGAGGAGCCCACGAAGCGGUUGAGGCAGCAUCUGGAGACUGUGGCUCAGGGCGAUGGAUGGAAGAUCCAGUAG